AUGAGCGCCGUGAAUACCUCCGAACCAGUGGUAGUUUCUGAUGCAGCGCUUGACGGAAAUGUUGGGGAGCCAAGAAGUGAUGCCCCGGGCGAAGUGCAAAUAGGUGAAGAUGCUGCCCCGGGAUAUGUUCCGCGCCCCAAACGAGUGGCUUGUACGGUGUGCAGAAGGCGGAAAUUGCGAUGCGAUGGAGUGAAGCCCAAUUGCGGGAACUGUACACGGCUAGGCCAUGCAUGUGCAUAUAACGAAGUGAGAAAGAAGAGUGGCCCUAAAAGAGGCUACGUCAAACAAUUAGAGGCCCGAUUAGCACAAGUUGAGACUUUACUUAAAGUACAAGAUGCAGGGGAAACCCCACAAGGACCUCUCGGGAGUUCCGACACACGUUUCCAAACAUCACAAAACGGCUCUAUGGAGAGCAUAGAUUAUGCCCCGGCUCCUGAUUCGGAAUCUUCCUUGCCCCUCUAUUCUUAUGUUGACCUGCCAUCAAACCCUGUGGAUAUACCUGCAACAAAUCUUGGAAUUGGCGAAGACGUCCCCUGGGAAAUGAUAGGCUUGGGCUUAGAGGAGGCUCUCCCUACCCAAGAUGCCAUCGAUGAUUUAAACAACAUCUAUUUCCAAAAAAUUCACCCUUCCUCUCCUAUGAUUCAUAAGCCACGAUACUAUGCCGCCAUGAAUCUUUCUCCUGCGAUGAGACCACCGAUUUGUCUUCGAUAUAUGAUGUGGGCGCAUGCAGCUGCAGUUACUGAUCGAUACCAAUCACUUCACCCACAUUUCUAUCAGCGUGCCCGAAAGUACGCAGAGAUGGAUGAGAUGAAAGGUCUUGGUGAAUCUCUGAUUACUGUUGCACAUGCGCAAUGUUGGGUAUUGAUCACUUCCUACGAGUUUAAAAUGAUGUAUUUCCCUCGGGCGUGGAUGAGUGCGGGUAGAGCUACUAGAUUAUCUCUUAUGAUGGGAUUACAUCGACAGGAUGGACUGGGUUUAGACGUCAAGCAAUGUAUACCACCAGCCCGCGAUUGGACCGAACGAGAAGAAAGGAGGCGAACGUUUUGGGUUGCUUUUUGCCAAGAUCGAUAUGCCUCGGUAGGAACUGGCUGGCCAAUGAUGGUGGAUGAAAGAGAUAUUUUAACCUAUCUCCCUGCCUCUGACGAAGCAUUUCUCAGUUGUAGAGCACAGAAGAGCAUGUCGCUAUCUGACGCCCUGGCUGGCCAGGGUGCUUCUACGCUCUCGUCUUUUGCUUCCGUUGUGAUUCUCACUUGUCAUCUCGGUAGGAACCUUCACCAUCUCCAUCGUCCCUCCGCCAAUGAUAAGGACCAUGAUCUGAAUGGAGAAUUUUGGAAACGCCAUCGCGCCCUUGACAAUAUUUUACUAAACACAUCACUAUCCCUUCCUAACCACUUACGUCUACCCGAGGGGGUUAACGACCCUACCGUUGUAUUCUGCAAUAUGUGUAUCCAUACAUCUACGAUUUGCCUCCACCAAGCCGCGAUUUUCAAAGCAGAAAAGAAUCAUAUGCCCAAUCAAAUUGCUGCAGAAAGUAAACGUCGCUGUAUAAUUGCGGCUGACCAGAUUACUAACAUCAUGAAGAUGAUAAGCCAUCUUGACUUAACGGUGAUGAACCCGUUUCUCUCAUUUUGUUUAUACGUAGCCGCACGUGUUUUUGUUCAAUAUCUAAGAUCACGAUCUGAGGAUCUCACUGUUCGCUCGUCACUUCAAUUUUUAAUAUCCGCUAUGAAUGCGUUGAAAAGCAAAAACCCACUAAGUCAAUCAUUCUUGGUUCAACUAGAGUUCGACCUUGAAAAUUCCAACUUGGAGACUCCUAGUGUCGUCUGCUCUAGUUUGCCGUGCACUUUGCAGCAGCCAGACCCUGAAUUGACGGACGUAGCAAAACCUGAUAAUUCAACUCUUUCAGACCAAAAUGCCACAGGAACACGAAAAACAUCCAGUGUUGAGCAGGAUGGCGAAGUACAGUAUGCCAAAGGCAUAUUUUCGUCAAAUAUUUCUCUUCCAAGCCGUCAGAAGCCCAAUAACAAAGAAAAACCGCACUCGACUCCUCACUCAACGUACUAUCGUGUACCAAACAGUUCGGGGGAUACAACGGAAGCUUCCUUUUCGGCUUUAUUAGACGAACAAAGGCGUGCACUUGCCAUGGAUAUAGACAUGGCAACGGACAUUAGUACCACAAGUGACCGCCAGCAAUCCAAUUCCGACCAUUCAACACCCAAUACCCACCAGUCAUCAUCAAACAUAUCCCUAUCGCCCCAUACCAUCGACUAUGGUCCUUCGUCCCCAAAACAACAACAUAAGUCUUCUCAAACCAAAUCCCAACCUCAUAUACCCGUAACGUCUCCUGAUUUCGAUACCGGCGCUAUCGCACCCGACCUAACAUUUAAUCCAUUUAACGUACAAUCUACAGUAGGUAACCCCUUUGGAUUUACUGCGUCUUGGAACUACAGCAAUCAGAACCGCACACAACCGGAAGAGGGAGGAAAUCCACUCCCAGCUUCCACAAAUAUUACAUCUGCCAGCCUAGGCGCAGAUCUUAUGUUCUUUGAAGACCUUAGUUGGAUGCAGAAUGCAACGGGCAACAUUAUUGAUUGGAAUAACUGGCAGCACUAA